AGUUCUGAGCCCCAUAUAUACAUAUGGGUUAUAACUAUGAAUUUGUAUGUUUUGGUAAAAAAAUAACAGUGUGAGAUAGCGCAAAAUAAUACUUAUACUUAUGUGCAAACAUAGGAAUAUAUACUAACAACAGCGGUGGUGGUUUAUAUAAAACAAAUUUGUGGCAUACAAAUAGGCGCACUGACGAAUUUAAGUAAAAAUGGAAUGAAACAAUUUCUGGUGAAAGUUUAAUAGAAAUCAAACACGAUACUAGUGUAUAUGUGUAUAUGGGUAUGAAGUAAAUGUUUCGAAAAAUAAGUUUUAACAACCAUUAUAAGUUACCAAGCAGUAGUAAAUAUAUACCACCAUUUCAUUGAAUCCUUCUUCUAAAAGCAAUUAAGCUGAGAGAUUCGAACUUACAUACAGCUUUAUAUAGGCUUUAGUUGUGAUAUUAAAAAUAAUAAAACAGUCAUUGGGGAGACAUUUAUGUAACGCGGAUAUAUAUCCUAACUACAACAUAAAAAAUACUUAAGUAAAGUUUAUCAUCUUGAUAGUAUUAAAAUAAUACUCAGUUUUCAAAGAAAGGCAUAAACAAAAGCAAGCAAUUUCUAAAAAAAAUUAACAAACAAUUAAAAAAUUGGAAAGCUAUUGAAAUUAACAUAUUAUUUAAUUAUCUAUAAACCAUAAAUAAAAAUAACAUUAUAUUAAAAAAAAAAUCAAUUGAAACGGGGGAAAACUCAAAACGCUUCUAUAUAUUUUUAUUAAAUUAACAUAUCAGUGCAUAAAGAAACAUGGGUAUACAUAUAUAUAUCUAUAUAUAUGUGUAUUAUUAUAUAUAUCUAUAUAUAAGACGUGAUUAUUGUAAACAAAUCAAAAGGCAAAAGGAAGUGAUGUGGAAAAUUUAAUGAGAAGCCUUUCACAACACCGAUGGAAAACUUAACAACACAAUCACAAACGCAUAAUGCUCAGAAAAUAUAUAGUAAAAGUAAUAAGCAACAAAGAGCGGUACAGCUGUCGAAGCGAAAUAAAUUAAUUCGCACGACAGAAAGUGUUGGCAACACCUUUUCGGCCGCUUUAAAACUACAAGCUGGCACUGCGAGAAAAACAACAAAAACAACAUUAAACGACCAUAAUAGCAGUUCAAUAAAAGCUCCAUUUGCAGAAACAAUAAUAGCAAAAACAUCAACUACAACAACAGCAAGUGAUGAAGGUGGGCGCGUAAAGGACGACAAAGUAAACGUAAUGGGCGGUGGGUUAGCGCUACCACCAGCAAGAACAGCAUUAUCAGCAGCAGCAGCAGCAGUCACCGCAGUAACAGCUACACAUUUGCAACCGCAAAUACCAGACGAAGGCAACGUACUCCAGAAUAAAGCAGUGGUCAUAGUUACAUUGACAACAACAAUAACUACAACAGCGACAACAACCAUCACCACAACAGACAAAAAGAACAAAACAACAUCAGCGCAUAAGGCGAUAAAUAAAUUAAUGCAAAUGCAGGAAAAAUUGUUGGACAAUAUCCAAACGGAAAAUGACGACCAACAGCCAGAGAAGGUUACCCGAAUAAACAACUCAAAGAAGGAAGAUAAACAAGCUGCCGUGACAAAAUUAAAUGCUCGCACAACUUCGACAGCCGCAAAAAAUAAGGAUUCCAAAGAAUCGCGCGGAAAAUUCGCAGAGAAACUUCGACGUUCUUUUCGACGCGGCGAGCACAAGUCACUUGAGAUCAAAUCUCAUGAGCAUAGACUAGAGGGACCAAUUUGUCAUAGUAAUAGUGCUAAUCACACUGGAAAACAGUAUUCACCUCAAGAAAUAAAUAGCAGUUGUAAUAGUCUUAUUGACAACCACUUUAAUUUUGGACACUUUGGAAUUCGCUCUUUGUAUCCGCUCCAACGUAGUUCGCAAUCAAUAUUUUCAUUUACUCAUCUACCUGGGCUUGGAAGUGGUGGAAACAACGGGGCAGGUAGUGGCAGCAGGAGUAGUGUAUACAGCGUGAAUAGCGGUGGGCACAUCAACCCAGCGCUGCUUUUGGACAGUCCCGAUGUUGACACACCACCCGAAUAUGCAUAUCAUCACUUAAGCAGUGUUGCGACGACAAAUUCGAGCACCUCUUUAGAAAGCAACUUUGGUGAGUUCGGCGAACGUACAUCAUCGCUAUCGAGCAUUAGUUACUGGGCGUGGCAACAAUCGAAUUCCUCCAUGGGUGGUGAGGUAAGCACGAAUUAUAAAAACGGUACAACAGAAAGAGGGUUGAGCGGAGCGGUGGGAAGUGGUUUCGAUAAUGAAAGCGGUGAUGGCACCGCUUCUGACCAUAAAACAUUCAGCGUCCAUACUGAAAGACAGCAAAAGCAAAAACUGCAAUCUCAAAGCAGCAGCAAAAGUGAUUUACAUCAGCAACAGCAGCAACAAGCAAGUCGUGGUAGCAGCAUCACCAGUGAGAGUAGCUCAACGAAACUGACACGGCUGCAAAAUUUUCUUUUCAAGUCCAGUAAUGAGAGCUCAAAAAGCUUCCACGCCCAUUCAAAUGAGGGAUUUACAGCUUCGUCCCAUAAUUCUUCCUCGGGUGAAUGGGAAAAUCUGGGCCCCACUACAACUAGCGGCAGUGGCAGUCAUGUGGCCGCUGACUUUUAUGUCGGCAGCUUUCCAGAAGAAUCAGAUGUCUUCGACAACGACUCUGCUACGACACAACAUAACUAUUCCAAUGCAACAUACACUACAUCGCAUCCGAUGAUGAAGCGUGUUGACUCCAAUGAAGCUGCUGGCUCAUAUUAUCAAUACACGCUAACAUCACCGAAUAAUCCCUUUCUUCCCGAAAUUAUUGCACGUACAUAUCACAGCGAGGAACCAAUCGACGACAACGUGACGGUGAUUAAGUGCGAUCCGAAUGUGGAUACUAAAAAAAUUAAUGCUAAAAGUAGUAACGAUGGCUCGCAUUCUGCACAACUGCCAACACCAUCCUAUAGUCGGGCGGGCUCCCAAGAGUCCACACAUAGCGAAAGUGUUUUAUCAGCAACGAAUUCUGCUAGUAGCUGUACACCUGUAGCACUUACUUCUGUCAGUCCUAUUAACAACAUUGCAUCAUCAACGCCGGGCCGACAACGCCGCAAGCUAUUCAUCUUGAACUCGCCCACGCGGCACCUGCUACAUCAACAGACGUCGCACAAACAGCAACAACAACCAGCACAAGUUACUUCAAGUACUUCCACUUCUGUUUGUAAGUCCACACCAUGUGCUUCCUCUUCCGGCAGCAGCAGCAGCAAUAGCUGUAUAAAGAGCCUGAAUCCCUUCCUGCCCAUAUCUAGUAAUGCUGAAUGUAGCAAUGACAACAAUACUAUUACAACGACGACCGUGAGAGCAACAACUCCUGAAUGCAUAACCCGAAGCUCGGUGAAGCGUACACCGUUAAAACAAUCAGCCGUUACAUCUCCAAUCGCGGCGCCGCAGGACUUGAAAGCAAAACGCGAGGAAUUCUUGCGUGCCACGAUGAAGAUUUGCUUAGUAGUCUCACCGCCGAACAGUAAAUUGCAGUUGAAAUCUAAAAGCCUCACACACUUAGAUGGCCUGGACACGACGGUUGCAUGUCAUCAUCACGCUUGCCCCAAAUCGAAUGAUGUUUCAAGUUCAGAAUAUUUCUCGGUGAGUUUUUGUACGGAUGAAGGGAUUCAAGAGGAAGAAUUUAUACCUGCAACUAAAGGCGUUUCACUUUACGCCGCAUUGAGCCAGGCACUGAAACGACGUAAUCUGAGCUUCUCCCAAAUCGCCAUUACCGACAAUAACCCACCUAAUAGUUUCUUAGAACCAGCAUAUUCACCAUUAGCAAGUUCUUUGGAUGAAAAUACAGAUGCAGAAAACUUGGCUGGACACCAUUUGACUAUAACCGAACGCGAUGGCAGUCGUAAAACACUGCAAAAGGCUGCAUCCUUUGGUUCUCGUACUCGUCCACCACGGUUACUCUCUUCCGCUUCAACCGAAGAGACUAGUGAAGCGGCAGUACCAGGAAAGCAACUAAAACAACGCUGGUCUGGGCUGUUCGGCAUCAAAAAUCCACAGCAAAGUCAAUUAUGUGAACUACUUAACAGUUACGCCAAGAGUGGUGUACCGCAAAAGUCAGCCUCACUAAAUUUCGAUCAUCCGAAUUUCGACGCGGCUUUAGAUUAUUUGGACAAUAUGCAUUUGUCGUGGAAAGAUUUCGUUGACAGUACAGCCAUGAAUGACAACGAAACGCGUAUACAAACAGCGAUUUGGGAGCUAGUAACGACCGAGGUAUACUACAUUCACGCUCUACAAACCGUCACAGACCUCUUUCUCGCCUGCUUAGAGGCGGUGCAAGGAGAACGCCUACUAACCGAUGUCGAUCAACAUCGACUCUUUUCCAAUGUACGCGAUAUUUGCGAAGCAAAUCUUAAGUUUUGGACACUUUAUCUCUACCCAAUGGUGGCGCAUAGCAUUAAUACUCAUGAACCGCUACAUCUUACAUUCUUCCAUCAGGGCUUUGUUGCUUUCGCUUCUAUUUUUGCACCGUACAAAAAAUAUUGCGCCGAGCAGAGUACUUGUCAGUUUUAUUGUAAGGAGCUUAAUCGAAGUAAUGCUCUCUUUACUUCCUAUUUGGCCUGGUGUGAGUCCCAGAAGCUAUGCAAUCGACUUCGAUUAGCUGAUAUCUUGGUGCGACCGAUGCAAAGAUUGACUAAAUACAGUCUGCUUUUGGCAGCCAUAAAAAAACACAUGUCGGAUGCGGAUCAAGUCGAGGCCAUCGAUUCAAUGAUCCAUUCAGUCGAGAACUUCGUGUUUAGUGUAAACAGCCAUUUGACAACACGUCAGGAAAAUGAACGUUUAAAAGGUGUUAUGGCGCGUAUCGAAUCUUAUGAUGUGGUGGAUACAAACAAUGAAGUCUUAGAUAAAAUGAUAAAGCAGUAUAGUCAAAUGUUUGACUUGUGUGCUCCGAUGAAGGGCUGCGCCGCCCAUCAAGUACGCCACCUCUUUAUGGAGGGUGAUCACAAAUUUAAGGAUAACCUUGGCAAAUCAGACGUGCAUUGCUUUUUGCUUACCGAUAUGCUGCUCGUGUGUAAAGCGAUCGCUAAGCGUGGCCUCGGCUCUUUAAAAGUGAUUCGUCAACCGUAUUUAACCGAUAGACUUGUCGUACAGCAAAGCAAUAAUAUAUUAAAUUGUGUUUACCAAAAUGAAUUUCAAGUAGCGAUUACUGCAUUUACACUACAAUGUUCGGAGGCAAAAAAUUGGUGCGAUUCAUUGAAACGUGCCAAAAUGAUCUACACGAGACUGAAGCAAGGCGCAGGCCAUUGGGAUAGCUUCCGCUUCGGCGGAAGUAAUGCUAGUGCUGGUCCAGUUGAUUCGCUGGGUGUGAAAAAAUCGCCGAUGAACUCGUCUAUAUGUAGUCAUGUAUCGAGUGCGAAUAACAGUCAUAGCGGUUCGGUAGAGUGGAAUGAUUCACGCAAUAUAUCAGUAGAGUUUGAGAAAACCAAUUCUUUAUCCAGUGAGGACGGUUCGAUGGGCAAAAACCUGCAAGCAGUUCCCCUUAAACUCAAAAUAAACACUGCAACAGCGAAUACACUCUCCGUGCAGCCCCUUAAUCACCUCGGGCAAAGCCUACCGAACCUUAACUUGAACCACACUCAUACCAAUAACACUCUAUUGGUGCCCGGAACCACAAGUCAUUCGGGCAAUGUAUUGUUAUCGCCUAGCCAUAGAGGAGUUUCUUAUCCACCGCCCAGUCCAACGAGGGUACCUCUACGACGUGGCAUGGCUUUUUCUACCUCCACCAAAAAUCCGCCGCUAGUCAAAACUCGCAAUAUAACAUCACAAAAUAGCAUUAACUGGCCACAACACCAGACUUCUGCAACAUCAAUCUGCUCCCAUCAGCCCCACAAAACAUCCCCAGCCAAUAGCAUAACAACACGAAACGUCUCAACCUCCGCAAUCUCAUCGUCAGUGAGUAGUAAGGCGCAACGAGUCAAUCAAAAUAAAUGUCAGAGCCCUAAUGAAAGUGCAACAACAGCGGAACCGGAAACAACGACAAUACAACUGUCUAAUGAUAAUUUAACAAAUGUUUCUUCCCAACAGCAGUUGUCUACCAGCAAUGAAACGGAUGUUUGAUUUGUUUUCAAUGGCAUGCCAUCACACGCAAACAUAGAAAUUUUUAUUGAAUAGUAUUAGAAAGGCCGUGGCGUUUAACCAAAACGUGGUGUUGCCGCAGGAUUUUCGUGUAAAAUAUUUUAGUCAAACACUCAUAUCCAUAAUGCAUUCAAAUUAUUUUUAACAAAAUGUCUUCAAAUUUAUAUAUAAUCCAAAGCAUAUGAAAGCAAAAAAGGGAUAAGUAAAAAACUAGGGAAGUAGAAUAUAGUAGACACCUUUUUAGUAAAUUUACAUAAAGUUUUAAUAUUGUAUUAUAUAUAAUAUAUUCAAUUUAAAAAGAAAAAUCGCAUGCAAAAGAAUAAUGAUUGGAGGACAUACCGAACAAAGCAGCACCGCGAGCAAGAAGCUAAAAGCAAAUAAAAGAGUUAAACAAUUCAGUUUUAACAACUGCAAGACGAGCAACGAUUUUUUGUAUUUAAUUCUAAUAAAAGAAUAAUCAAAAUAUAUAUACAUGCCGGAUAACUGAUAAAUCAAAGGCGAAACAUCACAAGCCCAACAUGCAUAUAAUCGUCGGUAGGACUCUGCAAUGCAUACAUACAUAACUAUUUAAAGAGUACGCAACCAAAGCCUGAUAUCACGUAUUUGUACUUACAUACAUACGCAUACAAUACAUUGAUAGUCUCCUUUCACUUGUGUCCUUCCACAAGCCUACAGCUGUGAACUUAGUACUAUAUUCAGUGUACUUACAUAUAUAUAGCUUAUACAUUAGUCAUAUUAAUAUAUACACUCAGCAAAAUAAUAUAGAGCAUAUUUAAGUACAUACACUUGUAAGUGAAAAAUUUUAUUUUAAAUAAAUUUGGGCUUUACUUAAUACUAACAAAACUGUUAUUAGUACGAAGAUAAGUAGGCAUUAGUACUGUAGGUAUUAUCUUGUUAUAAAUGGCAUAUAUAUAUAUAUAUAUGAAUAAAUAGAAAGAUUUAAAUUGUUAGCCUGUGUAUUAGAGUUACGCCUGACCCUUUUUACACCGCCAAGGUUGACUCAUAUUCGGUAGCUAACCCUUCCUUCAUCAUUAUGAGUACAAAACCUGUGGUGUAAAAACGGUUCUGUGUACCUACAAACAUAUUAUAUCUUAUUGUUAAUAUUAGUCGGAUAACAAAAAUUGUAUAAAUAAAUAUAUUCAAUGAAAGCAAGUAUUUACUUACUUACUAUACGAGUAUAUGCAUGUAAAAAAUUACUAAAUAUAAAUACAAUAAAUACUGGCAUUAUCUGAUGACAUUUGGACAACUAACUAUAAAGAAAGCAUUAUAUACACGUAUAGUAGGAAUCUAUAAUCAUUCGUAGAAAGAACAAAAUGUUAUAUUUGGUGGCAAAAAAGACUAAUAUUUCUUUUUGUAGAUAAAAAUGAGUACCUUAAACGGUAAGAAGUCGCAUUUCUAUUUCAUUAAUAGUCAAAUACACAAAUUUGAUACAUACAUAUGUACAAAGAAACUGGUAAUUUUACUGACGUGUAUCAUAACAUUUGAAAACAAAUUAUAUUAAAUCAAUAUUUUGAAAA